CCGGAAGACAGACAGACCACAUCAUUAUGAAACGAUUCCUGUUAUUGUCGGUGCUGGCGAUUGCGCACGCGCAGUUCCCAAACGGACGCAUCCUAGAACCUCCAGUACCCUCACAGUGUGUGCAACGCGUCAUUCAUGAAAGAUACGCAGACAACAAGGGUUACUUUUUCUCGUGGAGGGACCCGGCCUUACGUGGUGUUGAAGAGGACUGGCUAAGCGCAAGAAACUACUGUCGUCAGCGUUGCAUGGACCUUGUCUCCUUGGAAACAAGUGACGAAAACGAAUGGGUGAAAGCUCGUAUCGUUCAAGAUAAGAUAAAAUACAUAUGGACUUCGGGUCGCUUAUGCGACUUCAAGGGCUGCAACCGACCGGAUCUUCUGCCCAACGAGGUCAACGGAUGGUUCUGGACUGCAGAGCUUCAAAAACUUGCUCCCACUACGAACCGCCAACAAAAUGACUGGUCAGAAGGCGGCGGUAUUGGCAAACCCCAACCUGACAACAGGGAGCUGCACCAGGGUGGCGCUGCGGAACACUGCGUGGCGAUUCUAAACAAUUUCUACAAUGAUGGUGUCCACUGGCAUGAUGUUGCCUGUCAUCAUCGCAAACCAUUCGUCUGCGAAGAGAAUGACGCGCUUCUGAAAUACGUCCGAUACACCAAUCCAAAUUUGAGAGUCUAAGAUUCUACGUCAUAACGCCAUAUAAUAUUUUAAUAAUUCUCAUGAAUGUAAACAAAUUGACAUAAAAGAAAAUAAAAUAC